AUGAUUGAUGAGCUAAAGGAAGUCAAUCUUGGUACGAUAGAAGAGGCUCAUCCAACCUUCAUAAGUGCCCAAUUUUCUGAUGAUGAUGAAAAUGAGUAUAUGCAACUGCAAGGCAUGAAGCUUUAUCUUUCACGAAGCUUUAUCUUUCAAAUGGCUCUAGAUGAUGAAGAGAAAACAACAUUCCAAACUUUAAAAGGUGCCACAUACCAGCGCGCUAUGCAAGGAAACUUUGAUGAUAUGCUACAUAAACACGUUGAAUGUUAUGUUGAUAAUCUUAUAGUGAAGUCCAAGAAGAAGUGUGACCACCUAAAAGACUUGGAGCUUGUCCUUGAUUGCCUUAGAAAAUAUCAACUAAGAAUGCACCCUCUUAAGUAUGCAUUCAGUAUGACCUCAGGAAAGUUUAUGGAAUUUAUUGUGAGGCAUCGUGGAAUUGAAGUUGAAAAUUCUAAAAUUGACGCCAUCCAGAAGAUGUCAAGUUCGAAGAACCUGCAUGAGUUGAGACACUAUAGGGUCCUUUGGCCUACAUCCAAAUAUUUAUAUCUAAUCUCGUGGGUAGGUGUCAACCAUUCCAGAGAUUGA